UCCUACACCACCUCCUCCUCUUCCUCCUGUCCGCAAGAUCUCUCUCUCUCUCUCCUUGCACUGCGAGUCAGAAAGAGAGAUAGAGAGAGAGUGGACACACACGCGUUGUGUUUCGUUUUGCAACUCCACUGCAUAUGACCUGCAUUCUUGGAUGAUUCAACACCAGAGAAACCUGAAGAUUGAAGAGACCCCCAUCUGCUCAAAGACAGCUUUGUUAACUCAUAGUCAAUGCAAGAUAAGUGGCAAGUUAAAGUGAAACUGCUUCCUUGAGAUGACAUUUUGUCCUUGGAACAAUCGAGUGAAGGGCCAUCAUUACACAGUUUCUGAAGACGAGAGACAGGGAACACUUGAGACUCCCUAAAUGGACUCAGCACCCUGCAGGUGUCUUUGAGCGUGCAAAAAGAAUCGAUCGAACAUGAGCAUCCCAACUGGUUUCCAGGGACUUCGGGUCAAUGUUGAAAAAGGAGAAAAGAUUGGAAACAAAACCCAGAUCCAGUUUCCCCGAUCUGGGAAUGAUAAUGCUUAUCGAUUAUCUUCGACUACCGAUCAAGAAGGAAGAAGAUUGACACAUGACACAGGAUAUAGCACAAGCUCCAUUCCUCCUUUGGUUUCACAACGUGAUUCCCCGGACAAGUUAGUGAUCUGGGGCUCCGAGCAGCGUUGUUUGGAGCCUGACCUCGAAAAGUUUGAGCUUUUGGACUGUCAGGAGAUACAUACAUUCUUGGGAAACAGAGAUCAGGAUGAUGACGAUGACGAUAGAGGAAGUUUGAGGGACGGAAGAGAUGACGGUCCCAUGUCCAUAUCCUCAAGCUCAACUGCCAGCUCUGCUUCGACCGGCGUGAGGAGAAAUGACAACGACAACAACAAAGUGGAGAGCAGAACACACCGGGACGCAGAGGUGCAGAAAAGGAUUGCCUGUCAUAGCACUGAAGACUUGGACAUAUGUGUGACAGGCUCAAUAGAGAAAAGGGACAGCAGGUCAGGUAGAGACAGGGAGAGACGGAAGGGGGGUCUGAAGGAGUCCAAGUCUGAGACAAAUGUAUUCGUCUCCAGUCUGUCAGCUGUUUCUUUCAGCGGGAGUCUGUCAAAUGUGCUGGAUAGUGGCGGAGAGGCGCAGUCACUCAUCUCUCUGUCCUACUCCAAGACCAACCCUUAUUCCCAUACAAACCAAACUACCUCAGCCCAGACCAGAACAAGGGCAGGCCCUGUGGAUGCCAACCAGAACUCCCCGCCACCGUAUUCUCAAGAGAAACACGACCAUCCUCAACUGUACAGGCAGGAUCAGAGACAAGAGGAUGUAGGUCAGUAUAGAAAUGGAUUGUCUUUUGACGGUGGGCUGGGCCAAAGGAGGAAGGCAGGAUUUGAGGAGAGGGUGCUGCCACCAAGACGACAGCAGCUUGUCAGACCCCUCUGUCAGACGGAGAUGGGAAGAGCCAGGAGCUUAGCAGAGCCCAACACUUAUCAAACUCAGACAGGGCAACCUUCUUCCCCCAACCCCUUCCCAGAUUCAAACAGGAAGUUUACAAAGUCAGCUUUACGUGAACCCUCCGAUUUCUCCAACCUGUACAACCCUACUGGAGUCUCACAGCCCAGGCAAAGCAACCAGGCACCUCCUCCUGUAGAAAAACAGCCUGCUACAACUGCAUGGCGAAAUUCAAGUCCUUCCACUAUUGAGAAGAGACCCCAGACUCAGUUCACAUACAGAAGGAAUUGCUCCAGUCCCAACAGGAUGGGGAUUGAUUCAAGGUCAUCUACCCCUCCCCACUCUCCUCUCAGGACACCCCAGGGUUCACCUCGCAGGGAACCCUCCAUGUACCUCGUUUCCAGGAAUAUCCCUGGAGUGGUUCGACACCUCCCGUCAGGAUGCAACCCUGCUGUAACAACAUCAGCUCAGGGCUAUGGCAACAGUUGCAUGAGAGCACCGGUGAAAACCAAUAUAAGCACAAGUGGAAUUCCCAAAGUGCCUCCUAACAACCAGCAGAGCUCCAGCCACAACCCCAAAGAGAGCUCCCCAUCACCUAAACUCAGACCCAAAGGAGUCCGGCCCAAAAUCAUUACCUCGGUCCGAAAGAAUCCUCAGUUUAAGCCCCAGGCUGCUGACGGACCUUAUCAGGUUUCCUCUCUACCAUCCAGGCUGUCAGCGUACACACACGGCCAAACAGCCCCCUCCUGUAAAGACAAUACAAAUGACCCCUCCAAGCCAGACUCAGACACCAGAGGACUCCCAGUGCUCAGUGCCUCCAAUCUGCUUUAUGACAAAUACCGCCAAGACAUGCAGACAAACAUCUAUCCAUCAGGAAUAAUGAGCAGGAGUAUCAGGCCGCCCGGACACACACACACCGUCCCGCCUGCACACACACACAGCCAUUCAGCACCCCCGAAGCUAGGCAGCAAAGCAGACUCCUUCUACAGGGCACCAUCAGAGGUUGGACGGUCUGCCAGUUUUAAAGCGAGUUCUGGUGAGGACGCGCUGCAGUCCCGCACGGCUGCCCAGGCGGGGGGGAGCGGCAGCCUCCUGCGCGCGGGGCGGGGGAUGCGUCUCGGUCUGGGAGCUGUUGCCAGGACGACCACGUGCUCAGCCAAGGGCAGAGUACCCGUUCAAAGUCAGAGGUCAACACUGGUCUUCAGCCAGCCAGUCCAACCUGUCAACCCAGCAAGCACUCAGAAAAUCCAAGAUAACACAGAAGAUGAGGUUUUCACCCAUCUUGCUCCUCCUCCUGCUCCAGUGUCAGCAGCAGCCCAGCCACAAGCCGUGGCCUCCAGAUCUCUGAUGCCCAAAGUGAGCCAGUCCGGCCUUCGCCCCCCCGGCUUCAGCUCCAGCCGUCUCCCCGCCGGCCGCCUGGCAGCGUUCGGCUUCGUCCGGAGUUCCAGCGUGUCGUCCGCCUCCUCCGCCCACUCUGCUGAGAGCUCACAGAGUGACUCCUGCAGGACGGCUCACCGUCUGAGUGUGAGCGAGGAGCCCCCCCUCCACAGAGUGACCACCAGCCCUCCGUCCACAGACCACCAGAGGGGGGUCCCAUGUCGCAGCCAGAGCCUCCAGCCGCCCUCCACCCCCGCCCUGCCCCGACGCUUCCUGCCCGCCCCGCCAAGAAGCUCCCCUGGAGGUCAGUCAGAAUCAGGGGUCCUUUAUUCAACAGUUGUCAGGAAGGAGUUUCAGCGGAGUUCAGAGGUCACUCGUUCUCUCCCCUCCUCCCCAAAGAGGCUGGCGGUGGUUCCUCCCAAACCUCAGUCCCCGGUCCAGUCUGGGCAGCGGCCCGCAGCAGCCGUGCGGGGGUCAGCUCCCCCGGGGUCCCCUCUCCGCGUGGCCCCCCUCAGGCCGCAGCAGGAACAGCAGGAGAGCCUGCAGAGAGAGAAAGAGGAGGCUCAACAGAAAGAGAGAGAAAGACAAGCAGAGGAGAGAGAAAAAGAAAAGGAAAGGGAGGAGGUUCAGAGGCUGCAGGGACACUGUGCGCAGCAGGAGAGGCAGCUGGGAGCUCUGAGAGAAGAACUGAAGAAGACUUCCUUGGGUCUGGAAGCGUUCAUCAUCACCACUCAGCAUUACUGCCUCAAGAAUAAAACCACAAAAGAAAAUCAAAGAAAAUUGUCCUUGGAAAUGCAAAUGAUCAGAGAGGAAAUGGCGUCCAACUCAGCGCGCUGGGAGAGACUCCAUCGGGAGAAGACGGCGCUGGAGGAGGCGUUUGAGCGAGAGCUGACUGAGCUGCAGCUGCAGCAGGAGGCCGAGCUCGCCGCCGUGGAGGAGGGGCUCAGGAAGGGUCACUCAGCCGAGGCCGAACACCUGAAGGAGGAGCAUCGCUCAGAGAUGGAGGAGCUGAGGACUCAGCAACAAGAACAGGUGGAGGAAAUAACUGUCAACCACCAGGCAGCCGUUCAAGAGCUCAGAGACAUGCAUAACAUCACCAUGGCAACGCUGCACGAGGAGCACGCCCGCACCAUGAGAGACUUAAGAAAAGCUCAUGAGCAACAGAAGAUGCUUCUAGAAGAGGAUUUUGAGAAACUCCGGCUUGCUCUACAGGAUCAAGUGGAUACCCUCACAUUUCAAAACGAAACUCUGAAGAACAAAGCCAAACGCUUUGAGGAAGCUUUGAGGAGGAGCACAGACGAACAGAUAGUUGAUGCUUUGGCUCCAUACCAACACAUUCAGCAAGAUCUAAAGAGCUUGAAGGAGGUUGUGGAAAUGAAGAACCAGCAGAUCCACCAGCAAGAGAAAAAGAUCUCGGACCUGGAGAAAGUGCAGGCCCAAAAGAACGUGUUCCUUGAGGAGAAGGUGCAGGUUCUACAGCAGCAGAAUGAAGAUCUCAAGGCUCGUAUUGACAAUAACCGAAGCCUUUCCCGACAACUGUCAGAGGACAACGCUAACCUCCACGAUUCGGUGGAGAAGGAGAGCACUGAGAAAAAGCGGCUGAGUCGCAACAACGACGAGCUUCUGUGGCGUCUGCAGACCAGCCCCCUCAUAUCCCCCGCCUCCUCCCCUCUGCACCGCUCCUUCUCCACCUCCCCGGUCCCCUCAUCCUCUUUCUUUUCCUCCUCACCUGUCGCAGGGUGUGACUCUCCCACCCACUGCCACGGCUGUCAGCAGCAGGCUCAAUACUGCUCCCCCUCCCACAGAGCCAAUCAAAAUCUCUCCCCUGGACCAGGGACACCCACUCACAGGGCAGCGACCAAUCAGAAUUACUCCCCUGGCCCGGCCACGCCCACACACAGAGUGUCACCCAAUCGCUGUAACUCAGCCGCUUGUGUCGGCUCUUUUCAGAGAUAAGCUCACAUGUCUGUAUUUAUUUUACAUAAUUUCUCUUUUAUUUCCAUGAUUUUUGAAUGUGAGUGGCAUUUAAUUAAGUACAUGUUGGAGAAAAACAAAGCACCGUGGUCUCUUGUCGUCUCGUGACAUUCUGGGCAGACAUUAAUUGUCAAAGCCCGAAGAAGUUCUCGACAGCUGGUGUUGUCCAUCGAGUGAAACACAACAUUAUACGAACAUAAAUAUUGAAAACUGAUACAUUCUCUGUUCCCAAUGGCUGCUUGUCUUGAAACGCAGACUGUACAUACUGUAUGAUAGUGACACAGAUCAACAUGUAGUGAAACCUCCCUGCACAGUCCCGCAAACACAGAAACAGUACAGAUGGAAAGUAGCACACUCAUGCCACCAGAACACAAUAAUCUGGUGUGUUAAACGACAUACUCAAUAGAAAAUAAGCUAUACUCUCAUUGGGAUAAGUUUCCCAAAUGUUCCCCCCAACAAAGCGCCUUAUACUCAACGACCAAGAUUUGAUUUCAUAAAGGACUAUAGGAUAAAGAAUUGGUCUGUAAAGCAAUGAUUUUCAGCCUCAAGGUGUAUUUGACAUCUUGAUAUUAGUUCAACACUGAUAGUUUUACUUGUGUGGGACGACCAAACCUGGAACCCCAGCCAUUGUAUCUGCUUUUUGCCAUGGUCUUCCUACAGCGUCGUGUCACAUGAGCUACUCUCUUUUGGGAUCCCUCAGGUCAACUUGCAAAAACUACGUCUGCCGUUUUGUAUUUACCUCAGCGGGAAUGUGCAGUCUGUUUUGUCCGUGGCUCAACAGCACCAACAAUUACAACUUAAACACACAGCUACCAGGGAGCUCAAAACGAAGGGAGGAAAAACUAACACAGGAAUUGCUGUUUUAAAUGUUGUUUAAAAUGUGAUGUUUAUAUCUUAUUUAUUUGUUACAUGUGUUUUGCUUAGGCAAGCAUGUACUGUGAAGGUCUUCCAGUUUUAAUGUGAAAAUGAUUAUUGCUCUGUUUAUUUAUUAAGCUUGAGGUGUGGAGGAAACGAACGGUGUUUGUAACUGAAAAUAUCACCUAUGGGACACAAGUGGAAUAUGUGAUGUACCUGAGGAAAAAGGAGAUAUACUAACUUGUCAUCACACAUACAUAGGUGGCACUGUCUUAUUAUGUAAUAUAGGUCUAUAAGCUAUGUAGGUUAAACAAAACACAGGUUAACUCUCUGUUUACCUUUGUAUGACUAGUGUGGCAAAGAUUAGUGUCGCCCUUUCUCAACCUCUUCAUAACCUCUACUGGUUUCUUUAUCUCAAUGACUCUUUUUAUCUUUUGAGUAUAAAGUUCAGGCUACACUGAUAUUUUUCAAGAAAUAUUGUUCAGGGAAUUACUUUCAAAAUUUAGAUUAGAAAUUAUUUUAUAUAACUUCUCUACAGAACAUUAUAAACUCAAUAUCAUUUUCCUCUUGUAUGAAAUACUAUAGAGAAACCAGCCUUUGGAAUAUUAAACAAAUUAUUUUAUAGCAUACAGUUUGUCAUAGCUGCCUCCUGUACAUACUCUGCUAACUCACUUACCCUCAGGGUCCUAAUUACUCUUCUGGCUUUUGCAUUGAGAACUGCAGUGUUACACAGUGUUAUCUCAGUGAUUUAAUCGCACAUGAACAAACAAAGCUGUUCAGAACACACAUGAAAUUGAGCCACUGUAAAUAAACAAGGCCAGUUUGUAGGGAUUAGGGUAAAUCUGUGUUGGCAGUCAUGGCAACAAUGCUAAUUGGAGGAAUGGUUUAGGGUUUAUCACUUUUUUGGGUUAAGUUACAGGUUGGGUAAAUGUAACCUUGCCAGCAUGUAGAGAAUGGCGUUUAUGUGUUGUGGAUCUUUCAUUGCUAUACCAGCACUUUUGACGGCCGUGAAAACAUAUUUUUCAUGGAUCUUCAAGAUUUUUUUGUAUGACACGUACACAGGGUUGAAUGCUCUUAAAACGAAAGAAUGUCAAUUACAGCAUAAGAUUUGAGAAAAUGUAUCUCGAUUGUCACUUAUUUUAUACCUACACUGAUGAUUUUUGAGAAUGUCUUUACAUAACGAUUAAUUGUAAAAAUAUACCUGUCAGAGAGUCACUGUGUUUUCAAAUGUUUUUAGAAAUGCUGUUCUCCUACGUCAUUGAAGGAUUCUUAAGGGUCCUCUGAAAGGUAACGUCAAGCUCAACAAAGCUGCAAGAAUACAACAGAAACUAUUGUUUACAAAUGACAGGGUAAAGUCACAGAUUUCUUAUUAAUUUAAUAUUUCACCUUUGAAUGAUGAUAACUAAACAAAGAACUGGUAUUGUAAUGACCCUUCAAUGUGUCCUGUGGACAUCUCUGUCUCACUAUGCGCUGAAUGUCAAAAAUGUAAUGACUGCAUUUUAUACGAGUCAGUCAUGUGAUUUUAUUUGAUAUAGAAGGACUCUCGUCUGACCACUAUGUAGCAGCCAUUUAAUAUGUAGCAUUAGUAGAGCCUCCCCACAAGAAACAUGGGUAAUUUACCUUAUCCAUUAGGGAUUAAAACGACCGUGUUUAUGUUUAACUGCUGUCGUAGCAAAUAUUCCCAUGGCUUGUCAACUUUCAGCACUACAAUUUGAAUUUAUGGAGGUAAGCUAUAUAAUUAACCUUUGUAGAUUUGGUCCAGAGACAACGUUUGCUGAAUUAGUUUGUUUUGGCACUGAUUGUAUGUUUGAAUGUAAAUACAUUUACGACAUAAGUAGUGUCUUAGUGCACCAACGAAGUAAUAGAAGCAUGUUUUUUCUGUCUUUGCUGUUUCUUGUUCUCCCUUUCACUUCUUUUUACCUCUCUGCAUCUGUGGUGUCAAAAUGUAACCGUAGCGUAGGAGGCCGGGAGGACGGGGAAUGAGAUAGUUCUACAUGUAAUGUAUACGAAGUAUGUUGAUGCUUUGAUUUCUACUUUUUGGGGAGAACACAGUAUUAAAAGAUAUUCAAGAAAACCAAAA